GUCAGUAGAGCUGCGUGAGGGGAAGAAACUCCAUAUCCACCGCAAGUACCUCAACACAAGAUCUAAUUAAACAUGCACCGUCAAGUGGCAGAUAGAUAAAGAACCAGGCGAAGAAGCCAAGAAAACUGAGAAAACUUUUCCAAACUCAAGAACGAAAGCGGUAGAGAGAAGAAAACAUCAGAAGGAUCAGAAGCUAAUAUAGUACAUAUCAUGGAAAUGAUUAUGGUUAAGAAUGAAGAAAUCCAAGGAAGACGCCGCGUGUAUAUUCCAUCUGAUGGUGAGAUCCAGGAAAAAAGGUGUGUAAAAAGGCGACGAAGAGAGCCAGCUUCGGCUGCUGUAGGUUGUUAUAAUGAUAAUCAGAAUCAGCAGCAGCAACCAAGUGAUCAUCAGACUUCUUCUGCUGCCACCACAGUGAAAAGAAGUUCAAGGUUCCGUGGAGUAAGCAGGCACAGAUGGACUGGAAGAUUUGAAGCUCAUUUGUGGGACAAACUCUCAUGGAAUGUAACACAAAAGAAAAAAGGCAAACAAGUUUACCUUGGAGCUUAUGAUGAAGAAGAAGCUGCUGCAAGAGCAUAUGAUUUAGCUGCAAUCAAGUACUGGGGGAAAUCAACUUUCACCAACUUUCCGAUUCCCGAAUACGAAGCAGAGAUCGAGAUCAUGCAAAAUCUCACAAAAGAGGAAUACCUGGCCUCUUUAAGAAGAAAGAGCAGUGGAUUUUCAAGAGGUGUAUCCAAGUAUCGAGGAGUUGCAAGGCACCAUCAUAAUGGAAGAUGGGAAGCAAGAAUAGGUAGAGUUUUCGGAAACAAAUACCUUUACCUUGGCACUUACAGUACUCAAGAAGAAGCUGCUCGUGCUUAUGACAUUGCGGCCAUUGAAUAUCGAGGGAUCCAUGCUGUGACCAACUUCGACUUGAGUAGUUACAUCAGAUGGUUGAAACCGGCAGCAAAUGCUGGUAAUCAUGAACCUGCAGAGAAACUAGUCACACCAGUGUUGAUGCUAAGAGACGAAGCAAAACCUCCAUUCCUGAGCUCCAAUUCUUUCAGUGCCACUGCAAAGUUCAUCAAUUCUCCAGCGGAAGAUCAACAAGUCUUUCAGGCCAAAUUGCCAGUCAUCAACUCGUACAACAAGUCUUCGUCGCCCACUGCACUUGACCUCCUGCUUCGAUCUUCCAUAUUCAGAGAACUCAUGGAGAAGAACUCAUCAAAUGUGUCUGAUCAGGAUGAAGCUGAUUAUGGUGAUGCUGAGAUCAAGAACAUACAGCUUGUAGCCAGUGAUCAUGAUGAUGACUUUGGGGGGUUCAACUUUUACGAUGAGGUUACUGAAGUCCCAUUUAUUUGCUCUACUAAUAAGCACUUGGAAGAAAGAGAGCUGCAAAUUAUUUUAUAAGUUAAUUGUAUGAUCAAACAUGUAAUUUUUAC